ACUGCGAAUCUGUUGUCACCUCUGGUGGCUCUGCCCCAUGGGGAGACCUGUGCAGGGGACAACUCUGGAGAGAGCAGUGACCAGGCCAGCUGCGACAGCCAGUGCAGCCAUUGCGGUCUAUGGAGGCUCCAGCACGUUUUGCCGCCUCAGCCUGGCCCUGGCGCAGCAGUGCCUGAGGGGAGAGGAGCUGCGGGCUCGACACCAGGCCACCCUCCUCCAGCUCCGCAAAAAGGCUCUGAAGGAGAAGGCCAGGGCUGAGCUGGCCUGGCUGGGCCACCAGAGACGUGUUCUAGAAAACCUGCAGGAUAGUCAUGGAGCCUCUGCCAUGGCAGCAAAGCAGCAUAAAAUCCUCAUGGAGCUGAAACAGGAGCAGGCAGAAAUCCAGCACCUGCAAAACAUCUACAGGGCAGCCCAUCAAGAAAGAAAGCUUUUGUUAAAGCAGCAAAGAGAAAUCUUAAUGAUGCAGCAUUCAACGGCACAACUCCAGGAAAAGCUGCACAAUUUUUCUGGGAAGCAAGAGGUUGUGAAGUCACAGUCACUGGAUGUCCCAGUUGUGAGGAACCCAGCAACUGAAGAAGCAAUAAAACUGAAGAAAAUGAAGCUUAUUUCUGGCCCAAAGUCCUCCUACUCCUCUUCAGCAGAGUCUGCAGCCCCUCCAGAAAGGCCUGAGCUGUCAGGGAGUAAAGAGAGUUGUCUCCAGCUAAAGCAUAAAGAGAAGAAACACGAGGGCUUUUCUACUGAGAACAAGGGAACACUGGAACAACACCAGGAACAGGCAGAGGAGUCUCCAGGUUUGGAGCAGUCCCUUAGUGUGAAAAUGUCUGGAAUGGUGGCCAAGAAAGUGUGUGGUGCUGCUGGUGAAACCACAGGCUCCCUCUUUAACCAUAAAGACUGCAAAACCACAGAACUUAUUGCUCAGGGUAAGGUUUUAUUACCUCUGGAACAUAUAAAUUCAGCUAAAAUGGACGAACCCAUAUCUACACCCAUUAUGAGAGAAGGCAGGAAGUGUGCACUUCAGGUAAGGAUGCCUUUGGAAUUCCAUUAAUGCCUAAAGAAAUGGUGCCCUGGGCUAUAUUUGCCUUAAGGCAGGACCAGCCCAAGGCUCAUUUGGCAGUUAUGACAUUAAGUAA